AAGACUGCCCAUUCAACGUCAGACAGAUAGAAAAGUAUCCAAGGAGCAACAGCAGAGUGUUUACAGAGUUGGUUUGAAAGGUCUUAAUCCAAGAUACAGAGCGGUCGUCCAACUCUACCUAACCACUAUCCAGCAUGGCCACAGCGAGUACCUCAGGGCAAAGCUCAUUUGGACUGAGCAGGAGAAAGAAGGCCCCUGGCCUGAUGGAUCAGAUUAGCACGUUCUUUGGAGGUGACAAACAUAAAAGGGGCAAGGGGUCCUUCCGGGGUCACGCCACCUCCCCAAAGGCAGCCCCUCGACGUCGGGCUAAUGAGAAUGCAGUAAUGCAUUUCUUCAGGAGCUUGAGCGUGACAGCCUCUCCCCGUCCCAAGUCCAGGUGGAGGGAGGUCUUGGGCUUGGAGACCAAGUCCCGCCUUCCCCCCAAACGCUGGAGCACCAUCUUCUGAGCUCUCCUUAGAUGAGAAAACCAUGGAAAAGGAUGAAGAGGAGAAAGUUCUCCGUUUGACAGACUCACAACAACCCUUGACAACGUUAACACACUAACACCAGCAUGUCUCCUAUGUUUGCAGAUAGUGACACAAUCUUGGCACCUAAUAUUUAGCAUGCUGGGAUGAAAGUGUGCAGUCAUUGAGGGGGUGGGAGCUGUUGAGUUUGUCAAUAGCCUUAUAAUCUGAGUUUUAAGGGAAAGUUCUCCUUUAGAGUUUUGGAAAUGCAACAAAAUGAUUCUACUCUAACAUCUGGCUCAAUGGGCUAUUCGCCUCAUCUAGCAACCUGUUCUGAUGACGCUAGAGUCUACUAUUAAUGGGUUGUUGUGCUUUUCUAUUUGUCUGGAUUUUGUACGUGGAUGAUCUAUUCUAUAGAAAUAGAAUAGCAAUAGGCUUUAUAUUCCCCCUUGUUUCUUUUAGGAGCUCAAACACACACAACCGUGUUUCGUUUUGUAUGUCGCCAGUUAUGUGAAAUCUAGUCUAAGAAAGUGUUUGUGGGUCUUGUUAUGCAUGCAAUUGUCAAAAUUGUCUUGUGAAAGUAUGUUAUGAAUGCAGUACUUGCGUAUUUGAAAAUGUAAUGGGAAAACCUGCAAAAGUUAUAAACUAACAUUAUGUAGUAUAAAAAUUGCAUUUGAUUCGUUUAGCCAUAUUACAAAAGUCGUGUUUUAUUUAGGCACUUAAAUCAUCAAUGUUGUAUAGUGUUAUGGUGUCCGAGCCUAUUAAAACAACUAAUUAAAACAAACGCCCUUCCAAACUGCACCGUUAAACUUUGCAAAUAUAUAUUUCAAAACUGAUUAAGAGCAUUUAACAUAUUUUCUGACUAAUCUUUAAAUUUGUAGUUUCAAUGCUUUGGUUAAUUUGGAGUUAGCUUUUUGAGUAAAAGAGAUGGUGAAAUGGAAAGUUGUUUAUGAGGUCUAAUAAAUCUCCAAAGUAAAAACGCGGGUGAGAGCAUGUAGUUUUGCAAAUUCUCUCUCAAACAAUUGUAUUAUGUGUUUGAUUAAUUUGUCACCUCCCUUGUGUGCACAUAUCUGUCUGUUCACUGUGAGUGUUGAAUAAAAAAUACGAUUAAAACUUUAUAAAAUCA